AUAGCAAGGGUCCCUUGUUCUUAAUGGAAGUUUCACGUGUGAAAUGGCUGACCGUAGACCAUUGUUAUCAAAGUCAACUUCAGUUCGACGGUCACGAUUGGUUGCUAAUUUUGCCUUUCGUCCCAUGUUUCAGGCCAUAUCGAUAAAUCAAGGGAGCAAUUUCAUCUAUAUAUACCAAGAGAUUGUGUGCAUACUUCCCCAAGUCUUAUAUCUCACUAUAGACAUAGCCAUAAAGAAAAUAUUCUUAUCUCUCUUACAAUGAGUCCAUCCCUUCAACAUGAGUUUAUUGCUUCCAUUUUGCUGAUUUUUGUGUUUUGUGCAACUCAAGGCCUGUCCAGGACCUUGAAUGAUGCCUCCAUUGCUGAGAAUUUCGAGAAAUGGAUGGCUCAAUAUGGUCGUACAUACAAGGACAUGAAGGAGAAGGAGAAUCGAUUCAAUGUAUUCAAGGAGAAUUUGCGAUACAUAGAAAACUGCAACAAUGCUCGGAACAGGACCUACAAGUUAAGCACCAAUAAAUUUGCAGACUUAACUCGUGAGGAAUUUGUUUCCUCACAUACCAGUAAGAACAUGCCAACCUUCUCAAACCCAAUGAAAGAAACCUUCAGUUACAACCAAAAACUCACUGAUGUUCCAGCAAGCAUGAAUUGGGUCGAGAAAGGAGCUGUGACCCAUGUAAAGGACCAAGGUUCAUGUGGAUCCUGCUGGGCAUUUUCAGCUGUGGCGGCCAUAGAAGGGAUUGUCCAAAUCAAAACUGGGAAAUUACAAACUCUGUCUGAGCAACAAGCACUGGAUUGUAACCUCAAGAACUGGGAUUGCAAUGGUGGUUGGAUGCACGAUGUGUUUGACUACGUUGUACAAAACCAAGGCAUCACAACUGAUACAAAUUACCAAUACCAGGACAUGAAGGAAACUUGUGACACUACCAAGGCUGCAAAUAUUGCUGCCCAAAUUACUGGUUAUAGAGAUUUACCUCCCAAUGAUGAGGCUGCAUUAUUGGCGGCAGUAUCUCAACAACCUGUCUCAAUUGUCGUUGACAGCAGUGGACUCGACUUUCAAUUUUAUGAAACUGGUGUUUUUACUGGAGAUUGCAACACUACUAUGUCUCAUGCUGUUACUGCAGUUGGGUAUGGGACAAGUGAGGACGGUACCAAGUACUGGUUGUUAAAAAAUUCAUGGGGCUCGAAUUGGGGUGAAAAUGGCUACAUGAGAAUUCAGAGAGAUUCUGGUGUUCCUCAAGGUCUCUGCGGAAUCGCCCAGAAAUCUUCGUAUCCUAUCAUAUGAGUAGUAAACAAACAGGAUUCUUUGAAUAAACAGUAAUAAUAUAGGAGUUGCUUCUUGAGUUUCCUACAAUAACAUAACCUUGUUUUUAUUUUU